AUGUUAUUUUCAACGUGUUUAGCUUUUUUAAUAUAUCUUGGCUUGAAAGUGGGAUCAGAUAAAUACAGUCUUACAUCCAAAGUCGAACAUUUGUUGGAAACUCAUCAGGCACUGACAGAAGAUCUGGAAUCAUAUGUUAAAGUAGAAGAAAAUAGGUUGUCUCUCCUAAAGAGGUAUAGUGAUAUUUUUGAAAGAGAGCAUGAGAAAGCGAUAAAAGAUAUUCCAAAAUACGUGGGUAAUCCAAUCAAUGAAUACACCCUUAUAAGGAGGUUAACAUUAGACAUGCACUACAUUAAAUUGUAUAUCAGGGACUACGCACAGAAUAUUAAUAGACAUCACAAGAACCUGAAGUACCCUUCAGUGAAAGAUUUAAUAGACGCAGCAAAAGCCCUCAAUAAUCUUCGAAAUAUAUACAAUGAGGAUAUUAAAGAAAUUGCUAACGGGAAAUUAUAUGGUAUCGUUUAUAGUUCUCCAAUGACAUCAUGGGACUGCUAUGAACUAGGGCGGGCGUUAUACCAUGCAGAAGAUUUAACAAAUAGUAUUACAUGGAUGUUUGAAGCUCUCCGUAAAUUCAAGGAAGAGAAACCACUUGUCCCUCGAUAUAUAACUUCUAUAAUUGAGUACAUACGUGUAUCGUUUGAUAAGUUAGGAGAUCUAAAAGGUGCAUUACAAUGGAUACGUGAAAUACUCGUUUUGUAUCCGAGUAAUUUUCGAGUGAAACAGAUUGCCUUAGACUAUCAAAACAGAAUUGGAAAUAAAAAGACAAUGUGGAUGCACACGGCGACUCUGAACGUGUCUGAAGGGGGUACAACGGAUAUCCCAGUGCUUAGUUUGAGCGGACAUUGA